AUGGCUGCAACGAAACUCAUUUUUGGCCGUGCGCUUGCACGGCCGUCCCUACACCGCAGCAUUUACGGUGCGCUGCGCACAUACACAGUGGCACCGACUGCCUUAGAUGGUGCCACGGACACGGCACAUGCAAUGCAGGAGCCUCGGAUGUCAGUGGCAUCGCUUGCUGGAAAAGUGGACGCAAGCACGCUCAAGGCACUCGAGAAACGCCCCUUUUCUUUUACGACACUGACAGAGGUGCAGUCGCAAGUGUUUAAGCUGCUCCCGGAGCUUGCAAAUGCAGGCCUGACACCAACGUCGACGCCUCUUCCGGACGGCAAAGGGCGCGAUCUUCUGGUCAAAGCACGCACAGGAACGGGCAAGACGGUCGGUUUUCUUGUUCCUGCGAUUGAAUCGCGACUAAAUGCGAUAGAUGGACUGUCUAAGCGUACACUCACUUUGUCUUUUGCUGCGUCCAUCAAGCAGGAACGAGAGCACCUCCUUUCGGACGAGACACCCGCCGCGACAAAAGUAUUAGCUCAAGCGUUUACCAAAACCACAGUUGGCGUUCUCGUCAUUUCGCCUACACGCGAGCUAGCACAUCAGAUUGCGACGCAAGCGCAACACUUGUUGGCCACGCAUCGUGAUAUGCAUGUUCAUCUGCUCUGUGGUGGCGAGAGUGCGCACGAACAACGUCGGCUCUGGCGUCGGCAAUCGCGCGACGUUGUGGUUGCAACGCCAGGUCGUCUGCUGGACUUGAUGCAAGAUCCCAUGUUCUCCGAUGCCUUUGCUACGACGCAGACGCUUGUACUGGACGAGGCGGACAUGCUACUGGAAAUGGGCUUCCGCAGCGACAUUGAAGAAAUCAUUGGCUACUUGCCGCCGCCCGAGCAGCGCAAUACGAUGCUCUUUAGUGCGACGAUUGAUCCAAGCAUCGAAGGCAUCGCGCGCGAAACAUUGCACAAAAACCACCGAAUGAUUGACUGCGUACCACCGGGCGAGAAGAAUGUGCAUUUGCGCGUGCCUCAAUUUGUGACGUUGGUCGACGAGCCUGCCGACUACAUUCCACACAUGCUGCGCCUCAUUGCGCGCGAUCAGAUGAUUCACAGGGAGCUUUCCAAGGUGAUGAUUUUUGCGCCUACAACUAAAUUGACGCAAUUCGUCGCGCGGUUGCUUCCUUCUCUUGCGCAUAAUCUUCCUGGCAAACGCGAUACACAGAUUUUGGAGCUGCACAGCAACAAGGACCAGGCCUCGCGCACUCGCAUUAGCAGUCGAUUCCGCAACAUCACAGAUACCCCUUCGAUUCUGGUGACUAGUGAUGUGAGUGCGCGCGGUGUGGACUAUCCCAAUGUGACUGAAGUUAUCCAGCUUGGUAUUCCUCCAAGCAAGGAGAUGUACGUGCACCGUGUCGGACGUACUGGCCGUGGCUCGAAAGACGGGCGUGCCGACUUGGUGCUGCAGAGUUGGGAGGGCGGUUUUCUUACAUGGGAGCUCGGCGAGAUGCCUCUUCAGCACAUUUCCGUUGCCGAGUUUCAAACUCAAGUGCUGGACACGGCACAGGCAUUGGAUGCAGAUACAGAACUGUCGCUUUGGCCCGAGAGUAUAGGCGACAAAAUGAAGCGCGCCAAGGAUAAAAGCGGGCGUCGUCGCACUCCAAUUUCCAAGCGCCGUCCAUUCACACCUCUCUUUGGAGAAGAGCAACUUAAGGAAGCGGCCAGCACUGCACGCGAUGCUACGCUGGACGAUUUUCCUCCAAGCCCGGUCAUGAGUGGUGUGCUUGGUUACUACAAGGGUCGCGCUGCAAUGCUCCGCGUGCGCAUUGAAAACAUACAGCGACGUCUUGCGCCGUGGUUCAACGAGUUGUUGGGACUUGAUCUUCCCGUGUACGCGUUUAAGGACACGGGCAAAGAUGAGCUGUCUGGCAGAGGACGAGCCAGCGGCGAGUGGUCUAAGAAAAGCCGUGACCAAAAAGGCCGAGGCAGGGAAGAUUGGUCCUUUAAGAGCAAGUUGCGCGGUCGUGGGCGGUUCGCGAAGGAUGAGCGCGGAUAUGGACGCGGAGAAAAGAGCCAUGCGCGAUCUUGGAAGUGA